CGCGCCGCCCGGCGUCACCCGCGCUUCCGCGGGGCCACGUCACUGGUGCGCGCCGCGGGUGCGGACGCGAUGGCGGCGCUGGGCGGGGACGGGCUGCGCCUGCUGUCGGUGUCGCGGCCGGAGCGGCAGCCCGAGUCGGCGGCGCUGGGCGGCCCGGGCCCUGGGCUGUGCUGCUGGGUGUCCGUGUUCUCCUGCCUCAGCCUCGCCUGCUCCUACGUGGGCAGCCUCUACGUCUGGAAGAGCGAGCUGCCCAGGGACCACCCCGCUGUCAUCAAGCGGCGCUUCACCAGUGUCCUGGUGGUGUCCAGUCUCUCGCCCCUCUGCGUGCUGCUCUGGAGGGAACUCACGGGCAUCCAGCCAGGCACAUCCCUGCUCACCCUGAUGGGCUUCAGGCUGGAGGGCAUUUUCCCGGCAGCACUGCUGCCCCUGCUCCUGACCAUGAUCCUUUUCCUGGGCCCACUGAUGCAGCUUUCUAUGGAUUGUCCCUGUGACCUAGCAGAUGGGCUGAAAGUUGCACUGGCCCCUCGCUCCUGGGCCCGCUGCCUCACAGAUAUGCGUUGGCUGCGGAACCAAGUGAUCGCACCCCUGACAGAGGAGCUGGUGUUCCGAGCCUGUAUGUUGCCCAUGUUAGCACCAUGCACAGGCCUGGGCCCUGCUGUGUUCACCUGCCCACUCUUCUUUGGAGUGGCUCAUUUUCACCACAUUAUUGAGCAGCUGCGUUUCCGCCAGAGCAGUGUAGGGAGCAUCUUCUUGUCUGCGGCGUUCCAGUUCUCCUACACAGCUGUCUUCGGUGCCUACACUGCUUUCCUCUUCAUCCGCACAGGACACCUGAUCGGGCCAGUUCUCUGCCACUCCUUCUGCAAUUACAUGGGCUUCCCUGCCGUAUGUGCGGCCCUGGAGCACCCACAGAGGCGGCCCCUGCUGGCAGGCUAUGCACUGGGCGUGGGACUCUUCCUACUUCUGCUGCAGCCCCUCACGGACCCCAAGCUCUAUGGCAGCCUUCCCCUUUGUGUGCUUUUGGAGCGGACAGGAGACACAAAGGCUCCCCUGUGCUCCUGACCUAUGCUCCUGUGUACACUCCUAUGAACUCUCACAGGCCCCCGAGCCCCUCCCCACAAGGGGUACUGCAGGGGAGGGGCUGGCUGGGGUCCCGAGAUCUCAGGAAUUUUUGUAGGGGAUUGAAGCCAGAGCUAGUUGAAUCCCAGGGACCAGAGAAAGGAGCAGAUAUCCAAAGGGUGCAGCCCCUCUUAAAAGGGGAUUGAGGAACAGCUUGGAGUGAGGGGACAAGGGGCAGGUCCCAGGAGCCACACAUGCCCUUCCUCACUUUGGACUGCUGCUUCUCUCAGCUCCUCUGCCCCCCUCUGCCUCUGAAAAGCUGCUGGGGGGGUUUUAUUUAUAAACCCCCUCCCCCAACAACUUCCCAGGGUUUUCUCAUUAUCUUUUUGCAUCAGGACUUUGUAUUGGGAUAUUAAAGAGAUUUAACUUGGGUAACAUGGCCUUGGA